AUGGGCCGCAAGAAAGCCUCCACAACAACAGCAGAAAACGACAUAACACCCAUCGGCCUCUCAACAUCCUCCCUCGCGCCCCCAACAGCAUUCACAGACGGCCUCCCCCUCCCGAAAAUGAUAGUCUUCGAUCUAGACUACACACUCUGGUAAGUAGAACCCACCUACCUUACCCUUCCAACAACCCCAUCCAUUCAACAACCUGAUCCUAAACGUUCCCCCACGCAGGCCCUUCUGGGUCGACACCCACAUCUCCAGCCCCCUCAAACCCGACCCGGCAGUCCCAGGCCUCGUAGUGCUAGAUCGCUACCGCGAGCCCUGUGCCUUCUACAACGACAUCCCCUCCAUCCUCCACAACAUCAAAUCCCGCAACAUCACCCUCUCCGCCGCAUCUCGAACUUCCGCCCCGGAGCUCGCCCGAUCCAUGCUUUCCCUCCUGCGAAUCCCGUCUCCCGAGAACCCCACCGCCAUCUCUCUCUUCGAUCAUCUGGAGAUUUACCCCGGGAGCAAGACGACGCAUUUCAAGAAAUUGCACGAGAAGAGCGGGGUUGCGUAUGAGGAAAUGUUGUUCUUUGAUGAUGAGAGUCGGAAUCGGAAUGUGGAAGAGUUGGGUGUUGUGAUGCAGUUGGUCCGGGAUGGGGUUAGUAGGAAGGAGAUUGAUCGGGGAGUGGAAUUGUGGAGGAAGAGAAAUGGGAGGACCGAAUCAUGA